AUGCAGUUAGCGUUGAUUGUAAUCACGAGUUCUCGCCUUGAGGCAAAUACGAUGAUUUUUGUUGAUCCUCCAGCACCAGCUGUUGUGACAGUGACGUCGGUUUCCACCACGUCGGUGGUGGUUCGCGUUGAGAAACCAACUGAUGCCACAGGAAUUGGCCGUUACGAGGUGAGAGUUGAUGGAGUGGGUACGACGCCAGCAUGCACCAUUCCGUCCGGGGAUAAGCUCGAAUGUCAAGUGGAUGGUCUGCGACCAGGCACUGAGUACAAGGUGGCAGUGAACUCGUGUAUCAGUGGCACAGCUCCGGCAGUGUGCAGUGAGGACACGAGGGCAUCAGGAUGGACGCGACCAAAUGGUGAGUUUAAUUAA